AUGCAACCGACGGAGGACUACAACACGUUGAAAGUAGCGUUCGUCUCUGGAAUGAAAGGGUCUAGCAUUCUACAUGUGAACCUUAUCUCUCUCGUGGCUCUCGCCUCUAUCGCAUUAUACUGCACUGUCCAUAGCCGCAUAUAUGGCGCUAAAAAUAUUCCCUUCCUCAUAUCAUGGACCCUUCUCACUCUUCCCCUCCUUCUUUCGAUGACAGUGUUUGCCACCAAACCUAUUCUACUCUGCAUCUUCUUACUUGCCCCGGCUGGUCUGAUUUUUGCGCGAAGCCCAAGACGAUCGACGGGCUCUGUUCUGCCUGACUCCGUUGCUGGCUCAACCAGGAGGAAGAAGCCGAAUAGCAUCACCCCCGUUCCCGCGUUAACCACCUACCGCGCGCAUAUGAUGCUUAUGACUGUCCUUGGCAUUCUUGCAGUGGACUUUCCUGUAUUUCCUCGCGCUCUAGCCAAGUGUGAGUCCUACGGGGUGUCCUUGAUGGAUCUUGGUGUUGGUUCAUUCGUCUUUUCCAAUGGUGUCGUGUCGGCCAUUCCCUUGCUGAAGAGUCCACAACAUCUCCAAUCACCUCUUCUGCCUAAACUUGGUUAUAUUCUACGGAAAUCGGUUCCUAUCAUUGCGUUGGGUGGUAUCAGAGUAUUAUUGGUCAAAGGCACGGACUAUCCAGAGCACGAAACAGAAUAUGGGACGCAUUGGAGCUUUUUCAUGACACUGGCCUUGCUACCUGUGCUACAAGUCUUCCUCCAUCCCCUCAUCCGAGUGAUCCCGGUGUCCAUGUUAGCCACUGGGGUCGGUCUUGUACAUCAACUGACACUCUCCCGUCUGGGUUUGAAAGAAUACGUGCGCUCAGCCCCACGAGUCGACUUAAUCAGUGCAAAUAAAGAAGGCAUCGUGUCUCUCGCUGGCUACUUGUCUAUAUACCUUUAUGGUCUCUCCUUGGGAACAAUCGUUCUCCCACCAACACCCAAGUUCUUUCCACGUCUUCUCCGACAACGAGUUACUCCUGCGGAUCUCACUGCGGCGCGACAAAACGGGAAGACAGUCAUCGAACUGACAUCAUACGCCAUAGUGUGGUGGACUGCGUUGGGGAUACUUCGCUUCAUGCAAAUAGAUGAGGGUGUUUCGCGACAAAUGGCUAACUUCCAAUACGUUCUUUGGAUCACGGCUUUCAACACGAGUUUCAUACUUGCCUACCUUUUGCUUGACAUCACUUUCUAUCCCCCUUCAUCAGCUCCAAAGAAACGUCCCAAUUCUGAAUCAAACCAUUUUUCGCCUGAAAUGACGGUCAAUGUGAUAUCUGCUACGGCUCCGCCAUUGCUAGAUGCACUGAACAAAAACGGACUCCCUGUCUUUUUGCUGGCACGCGAAUGUUGGGACAGGAAUUAUAAAUCUUUCAAUGCAGACGAUUCACGCGGGCCCGUUGUUGUCCAUGACAGUGCUUUCGGCCUACUCGUUUGUAAUUUGUGGCGUGGCGUGGGUGCUGAGGAGGAACAAGUUGUGGUAGCUAUAUACUUGGUUUUCGGCAUGAGAUCUCGCAUUUCCAUGUCAAGCGUCGUUCAAGGACUGGGGUUUUCACUCUUCUGCUGUCUUCUUGCUCUGCUUUUAAAGGGAAGACGGUCUGCCCUUCCAUUUCCACCCGGUCCCUCUGGGCAUGGGUGGAGGGGACUCGCCAUUCCCAAACAACACCCAUACCGCAAGUUUGAAGAGUGGUUAAAAGAACAUGGGCCUGUCAUCUCGUUUCAGCGUGGAUUUGGACAAAGAACAGUCGUCAUUGGUCGGUACCAGGCAGCUGUUGAGAUCAUGGAAAAGGAAGGUAUCCACCUCGCUGACAGACCAACUUCAAUCGCCGCUGGAGACACCUUAAGUGGUGGGAUGAGGACAUUGCUUAUUCCUCAAGGAGACCGUCUUCGGAAACUCAGGAAAGCGUUGCAUGCCCAGCUUCGACCGGUCGUUGCUGCAAAAUAUCAACCAAUUCAGCAGCAUAACGCGCAACAUCAUGUUCUUGACAUUCUCAGGGACCCACAAAACCACCUGAUCCAUGCCCAAGGCUAUGCAACCAGUGUUAUUCUCUCGCUCACCUACGGCAAAAGUUCGCGCACGUCUUCAGACGAUCCGAUCAUCCAAGAAGUAAGCGCCGCUCAAUCACGACUUGGCGCAGCCCUGCUCCCUGGGGCGUACCUGGUUGACGAGUGGCCUAUGUUGCGAUACGUCCCCGGCUAUCUCUCGGAACUCCGAAGACAGCACCAGCUGGAGCUCAAGCUAUUUACCUCCCAACUCGACACUGUCCGAAAUAGAAUGGCUAGCGACAUCCAGUCAUGCUUCGCUAAGACAAUCCUCGAAAAACAAGCUGACUAUGGGUUAUCUUACAACGAAGUCGCAUAUUUGGCGGGCUCUAUGUUUGGCGCAGGAUCAGGGACGAGCUCUUCAGCUAUCUCUAUCGUCAUCAUGGCUGCGGCGACGCACCCUGAGGCUCAGGCUGCGGUUCACAAGGAACUUGACGCGGUAAUAACUCCUGGCAAAUGCCCGACGUUCCAGGACGAGGCAGACCUGGUUCAAGUCACCGCAUUUUACCUAGAAUCGUACCGGUGGCGACCCGUCAGUGCUGGAGGUUUCGCUCAUCGUGCUACACAAGAUAUCAUCUGGAACGGGCUUUUGAUUCCACGCGGAGCCAGUGUUUACGGCAGUCAUUGGUCAAUUGCCCGCGACCCUGAGAUUUUCCCCGACCCAGAACGCUUCGACCCCAGGCGAUGGCUCACGGACGAUGGGAGUGCGGUCCGAAAUGACCUGAGAGUGUUCCAAUUUGGCUUCGGCCGGCGAGUCUGUCCUGGAUCCCAUGUUGCGAAUAGAUCCCUUUUCAUUAAUACGGCACUUCUUUUAUGGGCGUUUCGUAUCAGUGAAGAUGAAAAGCAGCCCAUCGACACCAUGGCAUUUACGAAUACAGCAAACAUGCAUCCUUUGCCUUUCGCCGUGUGCUUUGAACCGAGAAGGAACGUCGCGAAGAUGACAGAGUUGUUAUCUCAGACCCCCUAA